UUUUUUUUGGAUUUGUUGAAUCAUGUCCAUCUCGGCGUCUGAUGCGUCGACCACCAGCUCGCGUCCCAAGCCAUACGUGUUUGAGAUUGCAUGGGAGGUCGCCAACAAGGUUGGAGGCAUCUACACAGUCAUCAAGACCAAGGCCGCCAUCACGUCCAAGGAGCUGGGCGAGAAUUUCUGCCUGAUGGGCCCGUACAACACGGGAUCGGCACGCACCGAAGUCGAAUUCGUUCAGCCGGAGGCUGGAGUCUUCCGACGCACUCUGGAUGCAAUGCGUGCCCAAGGCGCCGUUGUCCACUAUGGUCGCUGGCUGAUUGACGGUUAUCCCAAGGUGCUGAUGUUUGACAUUGCUGCCUCGGCGCACCGUCUGGCCGAGUGGAAGGCCGACCUCUGGGAAACGACGAGGAUUGGCACGCCUGCGGACGACCGCGAGACCAACGAUGCCGUUCUGUUUGGUUACUUGGUCUCGUGGUUCCUUGGCGAGUUCCGCAACCAGCUCGACGAAAGUGCAACCGUUUUGGCCCAUUUCCAUGAAUGGCUCGUGGGCGUGGCUCUGGUGCUGCUGCGUGUUCGUCAGAUUCGUGUCGCUACCGUCUUCACCACGCAUGCCACACUUCUCGGGCGCUAUCUCUGCGCUGGAAAUGUCGACUUUUACAACAACCUGUCCAAGUUUGAUGUUGACGCCGAGGCAGGACAGCGUGGCAUCUACCACCGCUACUGCAUCGAGCGCGCGGCCGCCCACAGCGCACACGUCUUUACCACCGUCUCCCAGAUCACUGGCGAUGAAGCAGAGUUCCUGCUCAAGCGUCGCCCCGACAUAAUACUUCCCAACGGCCUGAACGUGGUCAAGUUCAGCGCCUUGCACGAAUUCCAAAACCUUCACGCUCAACACAAGGAGAAGAUCAACGCCUUUGUGCGUGGUCAUUUUUACGGCCACUAUGACUUUGAUCUGGACAACACGCUGUACUUUUUCAUCGCCGGCCGCUACGAGUACUCGAACAAGGGCGCGGAUGUGUUCAUUGAAUCGCUUGCACGCCUCAACCACCGCCUCAAGGCUGCUGGAAGCAAGAUGACGGUCGUUGCGUUCCUGAUCAUGCCGGCACCGACCAACAACUUUAACGUUGAAGCGCUGCGUGGCCAAGCCGUCACCAAGCAACUUAGCGACUCUGUCGCCGACAUUCAGAAGGCUGUCGGCAAGAGGAUUUUCGAAGCCGCCUUGCGUGGUACCAUGCCUGACGGCAAGUUGCUCUUGUCCGAGCAAGACAUUGUGCAGCUGAAGCGCUGCAUGUUUGCGUUGCAAAACCCUCGCCUGCCUCCCGUCGUCACGCACAACAUGGUGGACGAUGGCAAAGAUCCGAUUCUCAACCACAUUCGACGAGUGCGUCUCUUCAACGACGACAGCGACCGCGUCAAGGUCAUCUUCCACCCCGAGUUCCUCAGCUCCACAAACCCGCUCAUUCCUAUGGACUACGAGGACUUUGUUCGCGGAUGCCAUCUGGGUGUCUUCCCAUCGUACUACGAGCCGUGGGGCUACACCCCAGCGGAGUGCACCGUGCUCGGCAUUCCAUCGGUGACGUCCAACCUGAGUGGCUUUGGCUCGUUUGUGCACGAGCAUGUGGAAGACCCGCACUCGUACGGCCUGUACAUUGUCGACCGUCGCUUCAAGUCGGCGAACGAAUCCAUCGACCAGCUCGCAGGAAUCAUGUUUGACUUUUGCCAAUUCUCACGUCGUCAGCGCAUCAACCUGCGCAACCGCUGCGAGCGUCUGUCAGAGUUGCUGGAUUGGAAGCGACUCGGACUGUACUACAAGAAGGCUCGCGUUCUUGCCUUGAAGCGCACCUACCCCGAAGUGUACGGCAUGACGGCGCACCACGACGACGGCACGGACGAAGAGGACGAGGAAGUCGCGCUGUUCAAGGUGCCGCGCGCCUCCGCCCCUGCUUCGCCGCGCUUCCCUGUUCUCCACCUCAACGACGAGGACGAAGAUGAUGCAGAUGCGCUCAAUCCCGAGGCCUUCCAAGUGUAACUUCUUGGUUCCGUGCAAGGGUGUUGUUUCUUUUCAUUGUGUGGUGGUGGUUUGGUCUUUUACUUCUUCUUUUUUUGGCGUGUUGUGGUUUGUUCGUUGUUCGCAAUGAGAAAAAAGAACAAAGCAUCAA